CCUCUUCCUCCUCCUCCUCCUCCUCCUCCUCCUCCUCUGCAGGCUCAGCUCCCUGUGCUCUACCACACUUGGUCAGGCAUGGCAGGCCAUCAAAAAAUCAACUCGUUCCCACUCCACCUGUUCAAAACGCUAUUAAUCUGCUGCCUUCCAAUAAAAGGCUUGGCUUUCAGAGAGGAGCCAAUAGGAAAGCAUUAAAGCUGUGAGAUCCAGGCCAAUCCUAGGCUGCAUUCUAAUGUGGCCUAUCUUUAUCAAGGUGCCACUCCAUUUCCAGAUACUGCUUAUUUAUGAUAUCUGAGGAGGGAGGCGGCAGGAGGCACAUGUCUUUAGGGGAACACUGAAAUCUGUGUCCAGAGGGCUCGACGAAGACUUCAGAUAUGGGAUUAUCACAGACCACACUGUGGCUGAGAGGAGGUGAAGAGAUGCGAGAGUGAAGAGUUUAUCUGUUUCUCCGCUGCUUCUGGUGUGGUAGCAACUUUGGCAAACACCAGGGACUUUAUUAGAACUGCUAUAAGUGCUCAUAAUUAUUUGAAUAUCUGGGGACGGUGGGUUUGCUCCCAGAUCCAGACAUCGCCUGUGGGUGAUUGAGCUCCUUGUGGGCCCAUCAGAGGUCUUGUGCUGCCUGGAUCUUAUUGGAUGUGUAACUGAGACCUGGAGCCAGAGUUACAGAACUCCCCAUGGAUCCAAACAUCCAGGGGUCUUUCCUUUUCAACAACAGCCUGAACCAGUUCUCCUCGGACCUCAAGGCACCAGUGUGCCAGUACUCAGUGCCCAACUCUUUCUAUAAGCUCAACCCGGGCCUCAACAGCCAGCUGCAGGCAGGGACUCCUCACGGCAUCAGUGACAUCCUGAGCCGUUCCAUGAUGGGCAUGGGCUCAACGGGCACCACCACCCUGCUGUCUGGAUACUCCACCAUGGGGGGGUUCGGCCCCUCCGUCACCAGCACGUCCAUGUACUACAACCGAGACUACAACUCCAACCUGGGCGGCUUCUCCAAGCCCGGCGCCGAAUGCCCCAUGAAAGGUCGCAAUGUGAGCUGCUGGGCGGAGAGCAGCUGCAACUGGAGAGGAGGGAGGCAGCAGUGCACCAACACUAGCGGUCCUCUCGGGGAGAUGUCAGGCAGGAAGAAACACACCAGACCGACAUUUAGUGGGCAUCAGAUAUUUGCUCUGGAGAAAACGUUUGAGCAGACAAAGUACUUGGCCGGGCCUGAGAGAGCGAGGCUGGCUUAUUCCCUGGGCAUGACUGAAUCACAAGUCAAGGUGUGGUUUCAGAACCGACGCACCAAGUGGAGGAAGAAGAGCGCCUCAGAGCCGAGCUCCACGCAGGCCAGCCACGCGGGGCAGAGCGGGGAGGCCUCGGACAACGAGGUGGAGGACGAGGAGUACAACAAGCCCCUGGACCCCGACUCCGACGACGAUAAGAUCCGACUGCUGCUGCGCAAACACCGCAGGGCUUUCUCCGUGCUGCGCCUCGGGCCACACCACGUCUGACUGACCUUACGCACACACGCACGCACACGCUUCCCAGCAGCCCUGCAUGCUCCAAUAAAAGUUUUGAAUCCAAAGUUUAAUGAAUACGCAUUUAAGCAUGUUUAGAUCACCAAACAGAAGAGCAUCGAAGGGUUCAGGCUGUAACAAUAAGCUGAAAAAGACGUUUACUUUUAUAAUUUACUGAAAGAAAUGACCUCUGGUCUGUUUCAUGUUACACACACAAAGUUUUGGAAGAAAAUUACAAU